AUGAGCCGGCGAGACGAACAAGACGGCCAGCGGGGCCUUGAGGAAAGUCGCGGGGAGGGGUACGCGCCUCCUUUCUUCUCGCCGUUUCCCGCGCCUUCCGUCUUUCUUCACGCUAACGGCCGAGGCCGUGAGUCGUCUUUCCCGUCCUCUUCAUGUCCCGAAGAGAAACGGGCGGACUGCGCCUCUUUGCCCGCGUCUCUUCCUUCUCACCUGUCUUUCUUUUCGUUUCCCUCCCCGCUGGGGCAAGGCGAGGCAGACCUCAACUCGAGUGCCGACAGCAACGGAGACAAGCGUGACGCAAACGCCAAAGGACCGAAGAAGGAAGACGGGGGCGAGGCGUCGGAGAACGUGACAUGCAGACUCCAGUGGCACCAGGACGCUGCCAAGGUGGGACUCCUUAGCCACGAAGGAAGACGGUUUUGGAAGAAGCGGAAAGCUGGAAUGAUUUCCCUCGUCUACGAAAAUGCGCUGAGGUCUUCCGGCGUACAUGCCUAUCGAUACGAUAUUCGUCAAGGGAACGUGAGUGCGGCGGAUGGCGCGGGCUUCGUCUUUGCAAGCAUGGGCCAGGCCCUGGCGAAGCUGCCGCCGCCGGGGCUAAAACCUCUGGAGCCUGGAACGAGCGUUUCUCUCCUCGUCGACUUAGACUGCAAAGUUGCUGUCUUCCAGGUAACGCAGGGAAAUGCGGCUUUCCGCUUCGGAGUUCUUUACCCUGCUCCCACCUGGCCUGUCGUCUUUCGCAGAAACGCGUGGGCCUUUUUCCUUGCCUUCCGGAUUUCCAUCUCUGACCCCUCGUCUUUCCUUCUACCUACGUUCCCGCUUGUGUUCUAUUCUUCUCUUCUCGUGUAUCUUCCUCAUUCAUGUGCUGCCUCUCCCUUCUCUGUCUUCUUUUCCUCUUCCCUCUUCUGCUCUCUCUCUCUCUGUCCGUCUCUUUCUCUCUAUCGCCUUCUCUUUCUCCGUCUCUUUCUCCCUCUCCGUCUCGCCCUCUUCUCUUCCUCCCUCUCCCUCUCUUUCCCUCCAUCUCCCUCUCUUUCUCCCUCUCCCUCUCUUUCUCCCUCUCCCUCUCUUUCUCUCCAUCUCCUCCUCUUUCUCCCUCUCCCUCUCUUUCUCUCCAUCUCCUUCUCUUUCUUCAAGACUCUCUCACCAUACCUGCUAGGCGGCUCUGCGUGUGGUUCUCGGGGGGUCUUUACGUCUCGCCCUGGACGCCUCCAGUUUUUGGCGUUUGUGCCUUUUCUUUGUUUUCAUCUCGGCUGCCUCCUGUUCUGCGCUCCUCGUUUGUCACUCGCUGUCGGCUUAUCGGCGGCGCAUCCUUUCCCUGCGUCUGUGCAUGCAGAUGCGCACCGCGACGGGCGCCGAAACGCCCCCUCGGUUGGUGGAUUUCCAGGACAUGGGCGAGAGGGCCGGGUGCUCCCAGGGCUACUUCUGCGUCGUCAUUGCGGCGGGUCAGUUUCGCGUUGCUUCAUGGCAACAAACAACGAUUGCAUGCAGUGCCCAACACUCUACCCGAAGCCCCGCCGCUUGUCGGCCUCCCUGCUCUCUUGCGAACUGAGCAGAAACAGCUAA